UAAGCCCAAUUUGUUCAUAUCAGACGAUCGUUAAACCCUUAGGUCUCGUCAUCGCCAAGAAAGCGCACCAGUCUCAAUGGCGAAAACCCUCUCCCGCUCCACCGCCUCGCGAGUGGCUAAUCGUUUCUUCUCCACCUCCAGAGCCCCCGCUCCUCCUCCUCCUCCUCCUCCGGUUCCUUCUCAAUCUAACAUCAUCUCUCAUCGAUCCUCGCCGACUCUGUUCCAAGCCGUCGGAUCAACCCUUCUGAACGACAUCCUACAGACGCAGAAGAUCCGGCCCCGAGUAGUGCAUAGGUCCCGUGGAUCGCAUUCAACCCGCGAGUCCAGAUCCAGAUUCAGCGGCCGACCAUCUACUGAAAUGACGCCGCUACCUUCUGGCUGCGACUACAAGCAUUGGCUCAUCGUCAUAGACAAGCCCGGCGGAUAUAAUGCUAACAAAGAGCAAAUGAUCGAUUGCUAUGUUCAAACCCUAGCCAAAAUUGUCGGCAGUGAGGAAGAAGCUAAGAGGAAGAUAUAUAACGUUUCUUGCGAGAAGUAUUUUGCAUUUGGCUGUGAGAUCGAUGAGGAGACAUCAAACAGACUUAAAGGAAUUCCUGGUGUUCUGUACGUGGUUCCGGACUCUUAUGUUGAUCGAGAGUACAAAGACUACGGAGGUGAGUUGUUUGUGAACGGAGAAGUAGUUCCGCGCCCUCCAGAGAGACAGAGGAGGAUUGUGAGGUUCACGACUAUAGAAGAUAUACCGAGGCCCAAUGACCGAACCAGAAAUGUCCGGGGAGAGAGAGAGAGCAUGCUUUAAGCCUCCAAUUCUCAAGCAACUUAUUUUUCCCUUUUGAACUUUGAUCGUAUUUUUGGCCUUUUCUUUCUGUGUUAUUUGCUCCACUCUGUACGAAUAAUUGUAAAUUUGUGAUCAUGGUGGAU